AUGGAAGCGGACAAAGAGGCAAGCUUGGAGAGGAACACAAAGCCAACGCUGGACAACCAUCCGGGGGCGACGGCGGCCAGCCUCCUCACCGAUGAUCUCAUCCUGGAGAUCCUCUCCCGCCUCCCAGCUAGGUCCGUGCACCGCUUCAAGUGUGUCUCCGUGCCCUGGCGCCACCUCAUCGCCGACCCCGCCAACCGCAAAAUACUGCCCCAAAACCUCGCUGGCUUCUUCUACAUGACCAUGAGCAAUAGCGGGCGCCGCCACCACUUCGCCAGCGUCUCCAACAACAACGGCGCAGCCCUGUUCGACCCUUCCCUCCCUUACCUGCACCAUGACAAGGAUGAGGGCAUCAUUCAGGUGAACACCUGCAACGGCCUCCUUCUCUGCCGCCGCUACAACAAAAACAACAAGGUGACCCCUUUGAUGAAAGAGGGCGAUUUCCGUUCUGUCGUGUGCAAUCCCGUCACCCGGAGGUGGGUGGAGCGGCCCCCACUGCCCCCAAAGCCGGUGGCCAACAGAAGUAGCCAUACCACAGGCAUCGCUUUCGAUCCAAACGUAUCAUCCCACUUCCACGUUCUUCACCUUGAGCAGACCUUUCAGGAAAAGUACAUCACAGGAGUGAACAUUUACUCGUCGCGGACAGGAGCCUGGAGUCAUAGGGAUAAUGAGAUGGCUGAGAAAGUCAUGCUAUUCUUUCGGAGUAGAUGCAUCUUUGUUGGCGGCAUGCUCUACAUUAGGGGCAGCCUUGAACGCAAUGACGGUCAUCAUCUUUUGCUGGGGGUGGACAUGGAGGGCAAAGUGCGGAAGACCAUCAGUCUACCAUACGGCCGAAGAUUUGGUACGAUUGGAUCGUCGCAGGGGUGCUUACACUAUGCUGUAGCUUCCUUCGAUUGUAACAACCAUAUCUCUCAGUUAGAGCUCUGGUGCCUUCAGGAUUGCGACAGUAAAGAAUUCAUCCUAAAGCAUACUGCCAACUUCAGUAAGCUUAUGAAUAUGACUGGGCAGGAUUACAUGGCGGUUGAGAUUCGUCCAGAUUGCCACACCAUUUUCCUCGUCUCAUGUUUAGGUGAUACCUUGGUAGCAUAUGAUAUGCGACAUCAGAAAGUUGGAUGUAUCCUAUCUUGAGAAAAGAACACAGAACGACUUCUACCCUAUGUUCCUCUGUUCUCAGAGUCAUUAGCAAACGCAAAUGGACAGUAG